AUGCGCAAGGGCACCGGCGAACAAGAGUACCAAAAGGUCUGCGAAUUCACCUCCAAGUUCAGCCACUGUCACUCAGUUAUCUGCACCUGCAACGAGCUGGGCGGCGCCAAGAAGGAGCCCAAGAUCGUCAACAUCACAGCAAUUCCUAUAGCCUUUACAGCCGAAGUUACAUCCAUAGGAAGUGCCCAAAGGAGUGCUCAACUGACACUUGACACAAGGAAACCAGUGGGAGUCACGCAAGAUGGACCCCUCCAAACCAACAAGUUCUAUGCCAACUUCUUCGCCAACAAACAGGACAACGCCACCUGGACACACCCCUACUCGGUCUGGUGGUCCAACGAAACAAAUAAACAGGGCCACGGUCUUUCCGUUUCCCACACUGAUAGAGAUGACUUCCUCUACGGGUGCGGAACACCGGUGAAAUCGUUUGAAGAUCCUCCGUUUCAGCAGUCCAUCGCACUAUCGGCGCGUGAGCUUCAGAAUGGCACCAUUCUGACCACCGACUCUUUGACGGCGUUCUCUGUCAACGUCAAUCUUGCGACUAGAAAAGGCGCCGAACCGAUUGUCUCGUUUCCGCUCGUGCAAGGCAUGGGGUUCGUCACGGGUGUGUACAGAGGAGGAACGGUGCUGUUGCAGUCGGAAAAGGGGUUCAAAGACAUCGACAGGAUUGAGAUGAACUCGCGCGGGCUCGGCGCCACUGUUCGUGGGUGGAGUGCCCGCCUGAAGGACGGAUCAGAGUGGUUGAUCUACAUAACCUCAAGCCACCCCUUUCAGAGACCAAACCUCGACAUGACCGACAAGGGAACGCUUUCGGGCCCUCGGAACUUCACUGGAAUCGUGCAAGUUGCGAAGAAUCCGAAGGGACGAAGUGGUGUUCGAGUCUUCAGCCAAGGCGCCGGAGCGUAUCCCGUUGGGGCAACGCUCACAGGAUCGGUAUCCGGCAGAUCAGGAACUUACACGUUGUCCUGGAAAAAGAGGGGGAUUAGAGAGAUUCCACUCCUCAUGUUCGCCCUCCCACACCACGUCAAGUCGUUUGAUCGAAGGACAGCGAGGGGUCUCACGGAUGUCAGGUUAGCCAGCACGACGAAGGGCAUCGCUACGGCCACGUUUGCGGACGAGUUUACCAUGAUCGAGGACGAUCUUCCCACGGAUAUGGGGUUUGAUCCGUGGUCACCACGCUUCGGCUCUGUGGGAUCCAAGAAUGCCCGUGGCGGUACGGUCUCCGAGGAAGCCAAGGCUGCGAUCGUCGAGGCAGGGAAACUCGAGCUUGCAGGGGACGUCACCAAUCUCACCAACUUAACGUCCAAAUACUACGCGGGGAUAGCUUUCUCCAAGUACGCUAGGGCUCUGUAUGCCGUCAACAACAUUGCCGAUGACAAAUCGUACACGAAGGAAUCCCUCGCCAAGUUGGAGGCCGCAUUCGACAGAUACGUCAACAACCUUGAGCCUAACCCCUUGUUCUACGAUAAUGUUUGGAAAGGUUUGGUUUCUUCUGGAUCAUACGGCAACAACGAUUCUUCUAUCGACUUCGGAAAUACAUACUACAACGACCACAACUUCCACUACGGCUAUUACGUUUACACAGCGGCGAUCAUUGGGUACCUAAAUCCGUCCUGGCUUACGAAGAACGGCUCAGUCAACAAGAUCUGGGUGAACAACCUGAUCCGCGACUGGUCCAACCCAUCAUCAGAGGACCCCUACUUCCCCUUCUCUCGCUCCUUCGACUGGUUCCACGGCCACAGCUGGGCGCGAGGCGUGCUUGAAGCGCCCGACGGCAAGGACCAGGAAUCAUCCGCCGAAGACGCCUUCUCGACGUACGCGAUCAAGAUGUGGGGACGCACCAUCGGCGCCGCCAACCUCGAGGCCCGCGGGAACCUCCAGCUGGCUGUGACGGCUCGCAGCUUGCAGUCGUACUUCCUUCUCGACAGUGACAACGACGUCCAGCCGCGAAACUUCAUAGACAACCGCGUGACGGGCAUUCUGUUUGACCGAAAGGUCAACCAUACCACCUACUUCGGGGACAAUAUCUCCUUCAUACAGGGGAUUCAUAUGCUUCCGAUUGUACCGAGCAGCGCCUACGUCCGCAAACCUUCCUUUGUGAGGGAAGAGUGGGACCAGUAUUUCGCUGGCAACAAGAGCGGUAAUCUCUCUGGUGGGGGCUUCGUCGGCCAUGUCUAUGUCAAUCUUGCUAUUGCGGAUAAGGCCGGUGCCGUUGAAAGCUAUGAGUUUAUGAAGACGCAGUCGGUGAAUAGCUCUUAUCUGGAUGGGCAGAGUCUCACCUGGCACCUGGCUUAUACCGCAGCUUUGGGUGGGAGUCUGGGUUCAAGGGCGACGCUGAAUAAUACCGCAACAAAACGGGGGGCUUAA